AUGCAGACAUUGGAUAGCAUCGACAACGCCUUGGCUGCCAACUUGAAAGAAGGAAAAGCGGGUUCCAUUCUUGUUCCCAAAUAUAAAAGACAGAAACAACGCCACGGGGUCAUGCUAUUUGAGCCGUUGCUCUAUGAGUAUGCUGCAAACUUUGAAGAUCAAAUCAACCAAGGGAAAUUGGAAGCGGACAGGUUUAGAACCACGGAGAUAAUUUGCCAUUCAGACUUACCGUUUGGAAUGAUCAAACGUCCUGCGCCUGCUACAGACAAAGUAUUGAGGGUACUAGUGGGCCAAUUUGUAGAGUUACAGGACAUACGAAUGCUCAGGAGGAUCUACAGGUCUUUAAUUGUCUCACUACAUAAGUUGCACGACGAAGUUCUGCAGGACCUCAGGAUUCCGAGAAGCGCACGGAUAGAGUUGCAUAGGGACUUGUUCAGAUGGCUCGAAAAACAGCUCUACAGGCCCGAUGUAGGCGUUCCCGUUUUCGGGUUUGUCUCGGCAAACAGCUUCUACGGAAUCACAAUUGGAGCUACUCAAUCUGAAUUAAUCAAGUUGUUUGCCGAAGACCCUUGGUCUGAACCGCCGAAUGAGACCUUAAAGUUCUUAAUAGACACUUAUCGACAAGAAGGUGAGUGA